CCGCCUCCGGGACCAUGUCCAAACCUUCAGACCACAUCAAGCGACCCAUGAACGCCUUCAUGGUAUGGUCCCGAGGCCAGCGGCGCAAGAUGGCCCAGGAAAACCCCAAGAUGCACAACUCAGAGAUCAGCAAACGCCUAGGAGCCGAAUGGAAGCUUCUGUCCGAGGCAGAGAAGAGACCGUACAUCGAUGAGGCCAAGAGGCUACGCGCCCAGCACAUGAAGGAACACCCGGACUACAAGUACCGGCCACGGCGCAAGCCCAAGAACCUGCUUAAGAAGGACAGGUAUGUCUUCCCCCUGCCCUACCUGGGCGACACGGACCCGCUCAAGGCGGCCGGCCUGCCCGUGGGGGCCUCCGACGGCCUCCUGAGCGCGCCCGAGAAAGCCCGGGCCUUCUUGCCGCCAGCCUCGGCGCCCUACUCCCUGCUGGACCCCGCGCAGUUUAGCUCAAGCGCCAUCCAGAAGAUGGGUGAAGUGCCCCACACCUUGGCCACCGGCGCACUGCCCUACGCGUCCACCCUGGGCUACCAGAACGGCGCCUUCGGCAGCCUCAGCUGCCCCAGCCAACACACGCACACGCACCCGUCCCCCACCAAUCCGGGCUACGUGGUGCCCUGUAACUGUACUGCCUGGUCUGCCUCCACCCUGCAGCCCCCCGUCGCCUACAUCCUCUUCCCGGGCAUGACCAAGACUGGCAUAGACCCUUAUUCGUCAGCCCAUGCCACGGCCAUGUAACCCCAGGCCAGCCCACCAGACCUGGAGGGUGACCUGGAAGCGGGGUCUGCACCCUGUCCUCUGCGCCUCGCCGGGUCCUGCAGACGCCUUUGGGUCAGCCGUUACGCUGCCCGCUACCCCACCCCAGACUCUGCCUCUCUUCCAGGGGGAUGGUAGUGGCGUCCUCCCGGACCCAAGGCGCAGACAGGUGCCAGAAACUUGUGAACAUAUGACAGCUAUAUAGCUGCCCCUAUCCUGACUGUCCCAAAACAAAUCUCCGACUGUACCCCCUUUGGACAAAAAAAAAAAAAAAAAAAAAAGUAGGCAGUUUUGCUUUAUUUAUGUCCCCUUCUCUCUCCUCUGAUGGGCUUUGGACUCCAGAACUCCCAGAUCCUGGUAUUAUAUCUAGAAUAUGCAUAUAUAUAUUUUUUUUCUUUUGCACCCUGAAGAGUUAGCUGUGUCUCUGUGUUUUGCCAUCAGACACAACUAGGUGCCAUUUGCUCUUUAUGUAUGGGGGGAAAGGCUUAAAAGUUUAAAACUACAGAAAGGGAAAUAUUUCUAUUUAAAAUCAUGCUAUGAUAGUGUUUGCUUCUUUAAAGUUAAAACAAAGGGACCCACAUGAUUAUUUUCUUUGUAUAAAGCAGUGCUCCUAGAGACCUAAGUUUACUUUUAGACAGAAUGUCGGGUUAUGAAGUCAGGAAGUAGAAAGUCAACAAAAAUUAAAAGAAUAAAAACAUCCUAAAUGGUCAUAAAUGUUUUGAUGAUGUCUUGGAAAUGUACCUAGAAGGUUCACCUCCUUACUCUGUUCAUUUGUUGAACAAAGACGUUUUGAAUAAAGACAAUCUGUCAUUGCAAAAA